UCACUACUUUCACUGCUGGUCAAUGGGUCAUCCUCUCUAUCUGUUUUGUCUCCACACAUUCCAUUCCCUUUCCCUUUUUGGUUCACUCAACCAACCAACCAACCCUUCCUCAAUCCAAUUGCUUUCAAUCUCAUCCUUAUGUUCACACCCUGAACCCAUCAUAAACCUCUCUUCUUCUUCUUCUUCUUCUGUUGCCAUUGCACUUGCUUGUGGCAAUGGAGGGUACCCUUUUCCCCAAUAGGCCAGUCUUACCUGUUCCUUCACACAAACCAACACAACCACCUUUGAAAUUCAAGCCAACUUUUUUACCUCCACAAUCUCCACCACCAUCACCACCUCCUUCUUUUCAGUUAGAUUCCCUUCUCCAACACCUUCAGCAUCUCUCUUCAGUUCCAAUCACCACUCACACCCUCACAAUUGUGCCUCCUUCUCUUGACAACACAAAAAAUUUUAACAAGUCAGUUAAUUCAAAGCACCCCACUUUAGGUUCUGACCCCAUCAUUGAUGAGGACCAGUUUGAUGAUGCAAAGUUUCGAUUUUUAUCUGACAAGGGUAAGUUGCUGCUCAAUUCAGUUGUUGGAUCACCUUUGCAUGAACUGAAUGACUUUUUCAACUCUGUUAAGUUUGAGUUGCUUGAGGCUGAUUUUCCCAGCUUGUUGAAGGCUUUGGACCUUUCUGGGAACUGGGAAAGGGCACUCUUGCUGUUUGAAUGGGGUUGGUUGCAUUUUGGGAGUGAUCAGAAUUUGAGGUUGGACAACCAGGUAGUUGAAUUGAUGGUUAGGAUACUGGGGAGGGAGUCACAACAUUCAAUUGCAUCCAAGUUGUUUGAUUUAAUUCCUGUCGAAAAAUACUCCCUUGAUGUCCGGGCUUACACAACCAUUCUCCAUGCGUAUGCUCGCUCCGGGAAGUAUAAACGGGCUAUUGACUUGUUUGAUAAGAUGGAGGGGAUUGGUCUUGAUCCAACUUUGGUCACUUACAAUGUUAUGCUUGAUGUUUACGGCAAGAUGGGUCGAUCUUGGGGUAGAAUCUUGGAGUUGUUGGAUGAGAUGAGAAGUAAAGGGCUUGAAUUUGAUGAGUUUACUUGCAGCACUGUGAUUUCUGCUUGUGGGAGAGAGGGUAUGCUGGAUGAAGCAAGGAAGUUUUUGGCUGAAUUGAAAUUGAAUGGCUAUAAACCAGGAACCGUUAUGUAUAAUUCUAUGCUGCAGGUUUUUGGAAAGGCUGGAAUUUACACCGAGGCCUUGAGCAUCUUGAAAGAAAUGGAGGAUAAUAAUUGCCCUCCUGAUUCUAUUACUUACAAUGAGCUCGCGGCAACUUAUGUAAGGGCUGGGUUUCUCGACGAAGGGAUGGCUGUCAUAGAUACAAUGACAAGCAAAGGGGUUAUGCCAAAUGCAAUUACUUAUACCACUGUAAUCGAUGCCUAUGGUAAGGCAGGAAGGGAGGAUGACGCAUUAAGGUUGUUCAGCAAGAUGAAGGACUUGGGUUGUGCUCCCAAUGUAUACACUUACAACUCUGUUCUUGCCAUGCUAGGCAAGAAGUCAAGAACGGAAGAUGUUAUUAAGGUUCUCUGUGAGAUGAAAUUGAAUGGAUGUGCUCCUAAUCGCGCUACGUGGAACACCAUGCUUGCUGUAUGUAGUGAGGAGGGUAAGCACAAUUAUGUUAACAAGGUCUUGAGGGAAAUGAAAAACUGUGGAUUUGAGCCUGACAAAGACACAUUCAAUACAUUGAUUAGUUCAUAUGCUCGGUGCGGAUCUGAAGUUGAUUCUGCAAAAAUGUAUGGGGAAAUGGUUAAAUCAGGCUUUACUCCAUGUGUAACAACUUAUAAUGCUCUUCUAAAUGCCCUGGCUCAUCGAGGUGAUUGGAAAGCAGCAGAAUCUGUCAUUCAGGACAUGCAGACCAAGGGCUUUAAGCCCAACGAAACUUCGUACUCACUGUUGCUCCAUUGUUAUUCCAAGGCUGGGAAUGUCAGGGGGAUAGAGAAGGUUGAGAAAGAAAUUUAUGAUGGUCAGGUCUUUCCUAGCUGGAUACUUUUGAGAACCCUUGUCCUAUCAAACCACAAGUGCAGACACCUUAGGGGAAUGGAAAGGGCAUUUGAUCAACUUCAAAAGUAUGGAUACAAACCGGAUUUGGUUGUCAUUAAUUCCAUGCUUUCGAUGUUUUCCCGAAACAAGAUGUUUUCGAAGGCCCGUGAAAUGCUGCAUUUCAUUCACGAAUGUGGAUUGCAGCCAAAUCUUUUCACCUACAAUUGCUUGAUGGAUCUGUAUGUCCGAGAGGAUGAGUGUUGGAAAGCAGAAGAAGUGCUCAAGGGAAUUCAAAACUCCGUACCGGAGCCAGAUGUUGUGUCUUACAAUACUGUUAUCAAGGGAUUCUGCAGAAAAGGGCUCAUGCAGGAAGCUAUUAGAGUUCUCUCAGAAAUGACCACUAAGGGGAUUCAACCAACUAUAGUUACAUACAAUACUUUCUUGUCAGGCUAUGCAGGGAUGGAGUUGUUUGAUGAAGCAAAUGAAGUCAUUAGAUUUAUGAUUGAGCACAAUUGCAGGCCAAGUGAACUAACUUACAAGAUUCUAGUUGAUGGUUAUUGUAAAGCAGGGAAGCAUGAAGAAGCCAUGGACUUUGUGACUAAGAUUAAGGAGAUUGAUAUCUCUUUUGAUGAUAAAUCUGUGAAAAGACUAGGUUCUUGUAUUAGGGAGAAAGUGGGAUCUACUUUGUGAUGUAUCCUCUUUUGUUUCCUCUUUUCUCCAUUUUUUUUUUAUAUAUAAUACCUAUGCUAAAUGCAAUUCCAUCAUUUGUUGCAAUUCUUUAGCAUGGAUCAAAUCUAGUCCUUUGGAAAGUCCAUUUGUACUAUAGUUCUGUAAGUUAAUAACUGCACCUCCAAUCCAUAAAAAGUUAGAAAUAUAUUGAAUUAACCUACUGGUGAAUAUC